ACUUCAUUAAAUGUGAAGUUUGGGAUAUCCAGCUAAUGUCCUUAGGUAUCUAAGAUAUGAGAUAUUAUGGAAGUGUCAUCGAAUGACCUUCUAAGAAAGCCGGCGAUGUUCUAAACCGUGAACGGCGGACUUCUAGCUCGUCAUCGUCUAGAGAUGUACUAAAUGGACUAAACCAGAACCCAUCGAAUACGUUUUGAUGACGGCAAUCUAUGUCACUCUAUGAUGGGUAUACCAAUUAAUGCGACUAAUAUCAGCUGAACGACCGCGAUACUUGGCAUUACCAUCAUCAUGGCCAGUUUCUCCGAGGAAACCAAGCUUACAAAAUCGAGAUCGUAUCGUGCAUCCGGACUUCACCAAUGCAGCGACAACUGCUACGACUAACUCCGUUAAGGGGUUUGGCAGCCCGGUCAGUGCCUACUUCGGUAGCUCGUUCAACUCUAUGGCGAUCGUACUCCGCUACAGCCAAAACCGACAUUCAGCCAGGCAGUAUUUCGGAAGCCAUCCACCAGGAUCACCGACAAAUCGAGAAGUACUACGACAAGAUCAUCAAUUCGAGUGACCAUGACGCUCAGCGCCGAUACCAAAACGCUUUCGUGUGGGAGCUCGCCAGACAUACCAUAGCCGAGGAAUUGGUCGUGUAUCCUUCGAUAGAAACGGGGCUCAAUGAUGGUAAAGAGAUGGCAGAGAAGGAUCGUGCGGAGCAUCAGAUAGCUAAAGAACAGCUCUACAUAUUCCAGAAUCUUGAACCCGGAGACAGACAUUUCAUCCCCACCUUGGAAGCUUUGAUGACAGACCUAAAGAUGCAUAUCAGAGAAGAAGAAGAGCAUGACCUCGUCAAGCUUGAGGAGGCCCUGCUUCCAUCAAGAUCGAGGAAUCUAGCCGACCAGUUCGAGAUGACGAAGGCCUUCACACCGACCCGCAGUCAUCCGGGUGCCCCAAAUAAGCCUCCGUUUGAGACAGCGGUGGGGCUCCUGACAGCGCCACUGGACAAGAUCCGCGAUAUCUUCCGUUCUUGGCCUGAGGAAUACAGCGCGAGACCGCCUUCCGGUGGCCCCGCGAGAUGAAAAAGCACGGCGGCGUAAGUGGCUGUCGAAGCACCAAUCAGCAGCACGAAGUGCUUGGCAAGCUUCUCAAGUGUAUGCUACCUAAAAAUAUGCAGUCCUGAUUCAAUAAGUCCGCAUUCUUUGGAUCUAGCAGAGACAAUUCUGCAUCGCGUGGGUCGUGUCUCCAGCCCUACACGUAGUACGUCAAAUUAAAGCUGUCAUAUACAUCGUCUCAC